AUGGCGAGGCUAACCAAGCUGGUGCGCUUGAUCUGGCUAUUUUAUCUCACAGAUGCUCGGACGCCGUCUUUGAACCUGACAAAGCUCAAACUAUUGUCGCCAUGUAGCCACGGACUCAGAGACUCCAAGGACAGCCUCGUCUUUCAAGGUUCAGCCGACACCACGGGAGUAAAUGUCGGCGAGUGGUCGCACACUGUCAUCUUUGAGUUGGGCCAAACUGGUGGAGUUUUUAAAGACCACUGCACCAUUGACCUGAACCUAGCAAGCCCUGUGGGGUCAAGCUGUAUCUCCAUCUCAACCAGUCCUAGGAAAUACAACAUCACAGUCGCUGUAACUGCAAAGUCCUCCCUGAGUGGCUUCUCUGGUCGGCUUCGCUGGGAAAAGAGCAAUGGGUCUAACCACGUUAUCAGCAACGAGUUGACCAUCAGCAAAGUUUACAAACCACAAGACUUACUUUUAUCCUCACUCGUGAAACUGGAGAACACAGAAACACAACAGCUCGAGGACACUGGCGAAUGUCAAAUAGAAGCCAAACACAAAAUGCCCAACACUAUCCGACUCUGCUGCUCUAACUACACCAGCCCUUGCUGGUCAAACAUAACCGUGGAUGGACUGGUGGUCAGUUGGGGAACUCCCUGUGCCAACUACACGUUUACACAGUUAAGCAGCUCCAGUAAGAAUCUGACCUUCGCUGUGUCAUCAUGCAUGCUAAACGAGAGCGUCAGGGAAUGGGAUUGCGAGCUAUUAUGGACAGGAAAGCAGAACAGUGAUGCAUCCCCGAAAAGGAAGGAGUUUGCCAUUCUGAUCGCCGUGUCUAUCGCUGCCAUCUUGUUGACUAUCUUUGCUGUCCAUAUGGGAUUGAAACAGAUUCUAACGGACCAACGUUCAACCGAUUACGGAAAUGUGGAGCGGAGAUGA